CUGGUUUUUAUGAAUUUUCUAGCAGUUGAGGGAAUGUGUUCUUGUAAAUACACUUACUCCUAGUUUUCUUCCUGAAAACCAUAUGUAAAAUAUAUAUAUGGUCUUCAAAUGGAAGGUUUUUUUGUUUUUUUUAGCUGUGCCUCUGUGGGCUGAGUGACCGUGACCGCAAGGUGGCUCAUGGAGAACUGGUGGGUAUGCAACUGCUACUGGAAGAUGUUCUGAGUAGCUAUCAUGUGACCAUGGAGGCCCCCCAAAGACAGCAAGCCACACUGGGCAAAAAUACACAGCCAGAUUGGUCCAAAGUGCCAGGAUUCAGAAGUCAGUUCCAAAGCAGCCCAAAGACCUCCGAGCUGCUGGAGGGCCCGUGUGAUGUGGUGAUGUCCUUUGCUUUGCUGAGAUCAUUUCUGAUACUGUGGAAGCAGCUGGAAGUGCUAAAGGAGCACUGGGGCCGACUCAAGCUGCAAGGCCAGGAUAUCAACUCUGUCUCUCUUCACAAACGGUUUUCAGAGCUCUAUGAAACUGACAUUCUCUACCCCAGCAUGAAAGCUAUAGCCAGGCAGAUGGGGAAAGAAGAUGAAUUUGAAGGAUUUAUAGUAAAUAAUCAGUCUGUUCUUCCCCCCAGUGGAGCCUCAGAAGUUGAAAUAAAAACUCACCAGCUUCAAAAACUUCUGGAAAAUUGUGAAAUUCAUAUGAUCCAAGAGGUACUAAGAAAAGUUAACAGAGAGAUGACACUGGUUUUAUCAGAAAAGUCCAAGGAGGAGUGUUCUCUCCCUACAGAUCUCUGGAAACACCAAGUCAUAAAAGAAAACUUUUCAGUCUCAAGACCACAAAUAGUUGAAAAAUUUAUACAGAGAUUAAUGCAGAAUUAUCAGGAUGAUGGAGUAGAGAUCACUUUCAGGAAAGAUCACCUUGAGGCCUGCCUCCUUUCCCUGGGUUGUGAUGUGAUGGCAAGAGAACGCAGCAACUUUGAGACCUACUCCAUGUGCUAUGAGCACGUGUUGCAUCAUGCUAGGCAGAGGCUCAGCCAGAAAGAGCAAGGAUUAGAUGCUACACAAAGAGGCCAGGGUCCACCCGAAGACAGUGCUGGCCAGAUUGCAGAGCUCAGUCAUGAUAUGAUCAUGGAAAUCACCGCUCUGAGAGCCCAACUCACAGACUUGGAAGAGGUGAAUCUGAAUCUCAAGAAGCAGAUUAGAAAAGAAGUCCAAGAAGAAUAUGAAGCAUUAGUCCGAGCUUUGUUUGAGACCUGUUUACACAUAAAAGAGAAGCUGGAUGAGAAUCAGCUUAAUUUGAUCCAGAAAGUGUGUGAGCUCAUCGGUGAAGUGAGAACAGAAGGGAUUGACAAUAUGAAAGACCUAAAGAAAAAAUGGGGCUCUGCCAGCCCCAAUGAAGGAAUGAAAGAAAACCCAGCCAAAGAACAGCUGUGGGCCUUGGAGCAGGACAACUGCAGCCUGGCCACCCUGGUGUGCAAAGUGAGGAGCCUGGGCCGCUGGAGGCUGGCUGUGCAGCAGGCGCGCUUCCGCCAGCUGAGCAGGGCAGAGAAGGAAUCUAUUCAAAGUAAAAAAGAGUAUUUGCGCAUCAAGCUGAUGGCAGAGCGAGAAGUGGGUUUAUUUCAUCAGCAGGUCCUGGCUCUCAGGCAGGCCCUGGCCAGGGCACAGGCCGACAGCGCGAGGAUGUGGAAGCAGCAGGACAGCCAGGCUCAACUGCUGAAGGAGUUAGAACAUAGAGUGACCCAGGAAGCUCUCACCCAGCAGCAGCUGCAUUUCAUGAAAACAUCCAGGAUGGAGAAGCUCUUGGAAGAUGUGGGGCAAAAAGAACAGCAACUGCAGCUCCUUAGCAAAGAGGCUGAGAGGGCUUCUAAGCUGGGCCAACUGCAGCAGAAAAAAAUGAAGAGGGACCUCCACCAGAUGAGAAGCCGGAUUGCCCAGGAGCACAGCGUGAAGCUGGAUGCUCUCCAGCGUGUAGAAGAGCUGCAGGCUCAGCUUCAUGAUGCCCAGCAGUCAGCUGUCCCCACGGGCUCGUCAGGCGACCUUAUAUCCCAGGCUCAGUACUCCCCAACUUCUGCUUCCACAUCAUCCAGAUACUCCCAGCAACGCUUUUUAAAGACUAAUCUCAAAGGCAGUAAAAUAACAAGAUGGAUUCAAAGGCCACAGACUGUACCUAUUAAACACAAAAAAAGGAUUGACGAUGUUUUCCUACCCAAUAUGGCAGAAAAUGUUCAACUGACAGCUUUUCAGGUUCAAACAGCUCCAUCCAGAUUCCCAUUUAGAGCUGACUGGUGAUUGUAUC